AUGGCUACAACAGCUUCAAGGUUCAUCAAGUGUGUCACAGUUGGAGAUGGAGCUGUAGGGAAAACCUGCAUGCUCAUUUGCUACACCAGCAACAAGUUUCCCACUGACUAUAUUCCUACAGUGUUUGAUAAUUUUAGUGCAAAUGUGGUUGUUGAAGGCAUAACUGUCAAUUUAGGCCUCUGGGAUACAGCUGGGCAAGAGGAUUACAAUAGGUUGAGGCCUUUGAGUUACAGGGGUGCAGAUGUUUUUGUCUUGGCUUUUUCUUUGAUUAGUCGUGCAAGUUACGAGAAUGUGUUCAAGAAGUGGAUCCCUGAACUCCAGCAUUUUGCUCCUGGUGUUCCUGUUGUACUGGUUGGAACCAAAUUAGAUCUCCGAGAAGACAAACACUAUUUGGCUGAUCAUCCUGGCAUGGUGCCGGUGACUACCGAACAAGGUGAGGAACUUCGGAAACAGAUUGGAGCUACAUAUUAUAUUGAAUGCAGCUCAAAAACUCAACAGAAUGUGAAGGGAGUUUUUGACGCUGCGAUCAGGAUGGUCAUCAAGCCUCCACAAAAGCAACACGAGAAGAGGAAAAAAAAGCAUCACGGCUGUUUCCUAAAUAUCCUGUGUGGAAGGAAUAUCGUUCGUCAUAAAUGA